AUGGCCAUCUUUAAUCAGGAGAACCAAUCCUCUGUGUCUGUCUUCCUGGUGGUGGGUCUGUCUGAUAAUCUAGAACCCCAAUUUCUCCUUUUCUUGUUAUUUCUCUCAAUCUACCUCAUCACGGUGGUCGGGAAUAUUGUCAUUCUAACAUUGAUUUCUUCUGACAAGCGGCUACACACCCCCAUGUACUUCUUCUUAGCUAACCUUUCCAUCAUCGAUAUCAUCUUUUCCUCCGUCACUGUCCCCAAGCUUCUUUUCAUUCUGGUCACUGCCCACAAGUCCAUCUCCUUCUCUGGAUGUCUAACCCAGCUCUCAUUCUUCCAGUUCUUUGUAGUGGCGGAGUGUUACCUUCUAGCUGUAAUGGCAUACGACAGAUACGUGGCUAUAUGCUUCCCACUCAACUAUACACUUAUCAUGAACAGAGCUGUCCGGUUUGGGCUGGUGGCCAUUUGCUGGCUUUGUGGGCUGGUGAACUCAGUGCUCCAAGCAAUCUCUAUCUCCCAUCUAGACUUCUGUGGUCCUAAUAUAGUAGAUCAUUUUUUCUGUGACGUUACCCCUUUGUUUAAACUGUCUUGUUCCAAUACGUGGGUUGGUGAAACCCUAUUCAUGAUGGUAGUGGUCCUAGCUGGGAUGGGGCCACUUACUUUUAUUCUAGUAACAUAUGGCCGAAUAAUUUCUGCAAUUACAAGGAUUAGCUCCAGUCGUGGUAGAAUUAAAACCUUCUCCACCUGUGCAUCUCAUUUCACGGUGGUGGCUUUGUAUUAUGGAAGUGGGAUUUUCAGUUACAUUUGGCCAACAACCACCUACGCCAUGGACAAAGAUGUCAAAGUGGUGGCUGUGCUCUACACGAUCAUGACUCCCAUGUUAAACCCCAUCAUUUACAGUCUGAGAAACAGAGAGGUUAAAGAGGUCCUGAAGAAAGCAUUAAACAGAUCUACUCCCAGC